GACCGUGGCAACCCUGUCAGUAGGAAUUCAUGAUCAACUUUUUGACAUGUAGAAUUCCAUCUCGAAUUCUUAUUUACUAUACGAGCUUUUGAUAUUUUUUACAGUGUAACAAUUUUAUUUUAUAAGUAGUUUAUAUUUUAUUUUUCAAUUAAAAAAACAUUGUCAAUUGUUAAUUCUACAUUUUUCUACUCUGGAGAAUGUAAUAUUCAUAUUAAUGUUAUUAAUAAAAAUGUUGUUCAUUUCUAUAUUAUUUGUUUCUUGAAAAGAUUUUUUAAAAAAAAACACACAAAAAUUUGUACAAAAAUGAAUUUCUUAUCUAAAAAAGAUGACUAUUGUUAAUUCUUAAUUAAUCUAAAUGGCUGAAACUGAAGGUCCGAUUUUGCACAUAAUUGUGAUUGGAUUUCAUCACAAAAAGGGAUGUCAAGUGGAGUUCUCCUUUCCUCCAUUGGUACCAGAGGCUCCAAAUGAAUGUCCAUUAAAUUGGAAAUAUUUACCAUCAUUGGCCCUACCUGACGGUUCUCAUAAUUAUGAUGAAGACACCGUAUUUUUUCACCUACCUAGUCUUACGGAUCCAAAGUGCACAGUAUACGGAAUUUCAUGCUUCAAACAAAUUCCAGUUGAGAAACUAAAAUGUCGAACAUCUGACAUUACAAGAGGAACUGUACAGAAAUCAGUCUGUAUUUUAAGCACAUUACCAUUUUAUGGACAUAUUCAAGUUAAAGUUGCAUUAAUAACAAAUGCAUAUUUUGAGGAAGGAGAUUUUAGUAAAAUUUCAUUACUAAAAGAUACUUACUAUCAUCUUAAUUCUUGUAUGAAAAAAGAUAGUCAAAUUCCUUCACAAUUUUUUGGAGGUCUUUCAGCACGAGAUUUAAUUUUACAAUUUCGACAUAAAGUACUUUUAUUAUUUAAAUUACUUCUUUUAGAGAAGAAAUUAGUUUUUUUCCAAUCGCCAGUGCAUCCAUUAUGCACGACAAUAUUGACUCUACUUUCAUUAUUUCCCGGAAUGAUAGAAAGUGGUUUGAAGUAUUCCACAUACAUCAGGGUACCAACAUCACCAAUUUCAAAUAAUGACGUGGAAAAUUCAAUUAUUGAUUCCGAAUUGACAAAUUUAGAUUCUUUGGAUUCAAAAUCAUUAAAUAAAGUUGAAAAUAAUGAUUUGAAUUUAGAGAAAGAAAUUUCGUACUCUAAUUAUGAAAGAAAUUUAGAAACAUUAGAAGAAACAUUAAAUGUUAUUGACGAUGAAACAGAAAGUAAAUGCAAAAAUUCAGAAGAUGGAUUAGAAAAUAAAUACAAUAAAAAGCCUAAUUACAAUGAUAAUAUGGAAAAUUUGCAAUUAAAAGAUGAAUUGAAUACUGUUUCUUUUGAAACAGGAGAUAUUUUACCUAAUAAAAAUAGUAAUAAUCUUAUAUCGGUAAAUACAUGGAUUGAAGAAAGUAUUUUACAGGCGACUUCGAUAAAUACUCAAAAAUGUGGUUUACCAUUACAAAUAUUUUCUGAGGGUUACCUCUGUUUACCGUAUCUUUCCUUGCCAUAUUUAGAAUUGUUAAGUGAUAAAAAUGUUCGUGGUUAUGUAGUAGGGGCAACAAAUGUUCUUUUUAAACAAAAGAAACAGCUAAUCGAUGUUUUAAUUGAUAUAGAAAAUGGACGAAUAGAAGCUAAUGAUCCUGAAUUAAGAAGACAAUUACAUCUUACAACGGAGGAUUUGAGAUUUAUUGAUUAUGUCGUUAGAUGUGUAGUUGAGCCAAGAAAGGAUAAUAUUUUGGAUAGUUCUACAUAUCAUGGUAGUGAAGAAUGGAUUAGAAUUCAAUUUAAAAUGUAUUUACUUCAUUUAUUACGCACAUCGAUGCAAUACGAUACUCGUGAAACUGAUCAUUUUAAUACAUUAUUUAUAUCGGCAUGGCGUACUACGAACAAUUAUAAAAAAUGGAUAAAUUCUAAUCCUACUGAAAUAAAUAACAUCGAACCGAGGCAUCCAUUUGUUGGACAAUUAUCAGUACAGGAUAUGAAAUUACGUUUAACGCAUUCCAUGCAAAACACAGAGAGUGGUCGAAAAUUAAAUCAAGCAAUGUUAACAACAGGAAAAGCCGUAGGUGGAGCUUUAUCACAAGCAAAAGGGGCUUUCUCAACAUGGUGGAAUACAUUAACGACAGUUCAACCAAUAAAUAAUGCAAGAGAUAAUAAUACUCUUCCUGAUGAUGUCGAAGAAAAAGAACAACAUGCCUUUAAAGUUGAAACUGAUGAGACAAUUUUAAACAAAGACUUUUUAAGUGAGUCUAUAAAUUAUGAAAAAAUAAUUAAACCAAAUUGAGAAUCUUUUAUUAGUAAUUAUAUAUAUAUAUAUAUAUGAAAUAUAAUUUUAAUAAUUCUGAUAGCAAUAUCAUAACACUGAAAAGACCAAAUUUUCUUUUAAAAAUUACUCUACAAAUUAUACAUAUAUUAAAUUAAUUAUUUUAUGUUAUAACUAGAAAACUAUUUGUUUGAAAUUCUCUCAUUUUUGAGAAAUAUUAAUCUUUUGAGUGGUGAUGUUUUUACAAAAAAAAAAAUGCCAAAAAUUGCUAAUCAAGUUUUAAACAUGUUUACAUUUUUGAUUAAUUAUUGUAAAAAGGAAUUAAAAUUUUAAUAUUUGAUUGAAAAAAAAUACAUUUACUGAGAAAAAUUGUAUUUACAAAAUUUUUAAAUCUGUAUUCUUUAAAUAUUAUACAGAUUUUCUAAAAAGUUACUAAAGAUUUUAAAAUGAGAGUUAUCAUUAAGAAAACCAAGUUUUCUGUGUAAAUCCGUUAUAAAAAAUUUUAAAAGUUAUUCAAGUUUGUAAAUAUAUAUGAUGCAUUACCACUCAAAUGGUUAAUGAAAAUAUGGGUUUUUUUAAUUUACAGAAAAAAUAUCGAAGUUGCUUAAAAAUAAAAGGAGAAAUUAUUAUUAUUAUCCUAAAGCUGUUUUUAUAUUAAAUCUAUCAAUAGCUUUAUUUUUUACACUUAAAAUUAUUCAAAAUAUAAAAAAAAAAAAAUUAGAAAAAUAAAUGGAAAUAAAAGCAGUUGAUUUGUAAAAUUGAUAUUUAGGACAUUAAUUCUUAAUAGUCAAAAGUGUAAUUACUUUUCAAAAAAACAUGUAAAACGACGUAAAAUUAUUUGAAUUUUUCUUCCUAUUUUUAUAGUCGAUUAACUUCGAUAUUUUUUCUUUAAAUACAAAAACCGAAAUCUAUUUAAGAUUGCUGUCUACUUUUUUUUUUUUAAAUACCAAGACUGUGAUUAUUUUCUGACUGCAAAUAUAUGUUUAUGCAAAUUA